AUGGUGGCAAAGGACCAGAUUAUGGAGAACCAUUACGAAUAUAGUAAGGACUUCCGGACUGCACUUCCGCAGUUACUUGCUGUCAGUGUCAAGAACUUGCUACUACUAGGUUAUGGAAUGACUCUGGGUUUCCCCACCAUCCUUAUUCCAGCCGUGCAGAACCCUGUUGAGGGGGAGGUACUGCGGCUGCAUAGCUCCGAAGUUUCUUGGAUAAGUUCAAUAAACCUAAUAGUAGUGCCAUUGGGGUGCGCUCUCUCGGGAGUAGUAACAGCGCCCCUUGGAAGACGACGGGCUAUGCAGAUGGUGAACGUCCCAUUCUUCAUAGCUUGGCUGACCUUCUAUUUCUCGAAGAACACUUCGCAUCUUUACAUGGCUCUCGUUCUAACUGGUCUGGCGGGAGGACUUCUUGAGGCACCGGUGCUAACAUAUGUAGCAGAGAUUACUCAGCCACACCUGCGUGGAGCUCUUACAGCUACGAGUUCUAUGUGCAUCAUCAUAGGUGUCUUUACACAGUUUCUCUUUGGUUUAUUUCUCUAUUGGCGGCAUGUGGCAUUACUAAAUAUAAUAUUUACGGUCCUUGCUGUGAUAGCCCUUUGCUUUGUCCCAGAAUCUCCACACUGGCUAGUCUCACGAGAAAGAUAUAAUGAUGCUAGAAAGAGUUUACAAUGGCUUCGGGGAUGGACAACCCCACACAGAGUGGAUGCUGAAUUGCGUGAUAUAGAAGCACUUUAUAAUAAAAAACAAGAAGCAGAAGGUAAAGUGGAGACAGUGUAUGAGAGAUUAUCGCACUAUACUGAGAGGAGUUUCUUAAUUCCUUUCUUUCUUGUUAGUUAUGCCUUUUUCGUUGGUCACUUUAGUGGUAUGACAACUUUACAGACGUAUGCAGUAUCAAUUUUCCAAAUGCUGGAAGCUCCUAUAGACAAGUACUAUGCCACUUUAAUUCUUGGAGUACUUCAAAUUGUUGGAUCUGGAGGUUGUGUGCUGAUGGUCCAUUAUACAGGGAAAAGACCACUCACAAUCUUCUCAACAGCUGGAGCCAGUGUCUGCUGUCUGCUAGUUGCUGGAUAUGAUGGCUAUAUACAAAACAAUAUAUUACCGAGCGCGGUCAAUUCUACACUAGGAACCGUAGUAACCAUGAAUAACCCAAAUUCGUGGAUUCCAACAACACUUUUAAUGUUAUUGGCUUUGAUUACACAUACGGGAAUUCGGCUGUUGCCUUGGAUACUUAUUGGAGAGGUUUUCAGUGCCCAAACUCGGUCGGGAGGAGCCGGGUUGGCCAGUGCUGUUGGUUACAUCUUCGGCUUCUUGACAAAUAAAUUGUACAUCGGUAUGGUUGAUUCUUUGUCCAUUUGGGGCACAUAUGGACUCUAUGGAAUAAUCAGCCUAACAGGAUGUUUCGUCUUUUAUUUCAUCUUACCAGAGACCGAAGGAAAAAAAUUGAACGAUAUAGAAAAACACUUUGCAGGUGUCAAAAGGCUUACAAAUACAGUGUACCGUUCAUUGAAAAGGAAUGAUAUAUCGAAGCUUCAAGAUCUAAAAGGUGCAACAAAUCCAUCGUUCGAGGCGGACACAACCUAUAUUUAA